UCAGCAGCUGAAAUGCCAUGCCAGGUUCCACUCUUGUCAAUGAGGGUGGAUGAGGGUACAGUGGGUGCAUGAUCACCAAAAUUGGACGAUUGAAGAUUGGAAAACGUUGCCCGUCAAUUCCACCUGACUGCAGGGAAGACAAGCACAGAGAUAGCCCCGAUUUUGCGUCACAACAACGUGCGAGGGGAAGGACUGCACAAACAAAUAACUGGGACACAUUAGACAAUACAAAACAUCUCAGCCAGAGAGGAGUGAUGGCCAUCACAGAGAUUCAGGAGACCAUAGUGCCAAACUACAACCACCUCAUGGCACACCUGCCCCCCGCAUACUUCUGCCCCCCGCCUCGUCCCAGAAUCAAGGAUUUUUUGUGCAACAUCCUGUUUGGGGACCCAAAAGUCCUAGGGAUGAUACACAUCAUGACCAGCUUGGCUACAGCUGCCCUCGGUAUCAUUGCAACCUUGAAAUUUAAGAGUAUGUGGGACUGCACGGCAAAUAUGAGCCCCAGCACCUAUACAGUUACCUCUGGAAUAGCAAUUUGGGGUCCAGUAAUUCAUGUGGGCACAGGUAUCAUCUCUAUCAUGACAUACAGAGGCAUUAACGGUGAUUUGGUGACCGGUGCUGUUUAUAUGAAUAUCUUCAGCUGUCUCAUAGCAGCCACUGCUGUUGUCCUUCUCACUGUGGAGUUAAUGUGGACUAUUGAAGUCCCAUGUAAUGAAAAUCAGCUGGAUGAGGUGCACGGGAUACAAGGAGCACUAUUUUUUUUCUACAUCGUGGAGUUCAGUGUCUCUGUACUGUGUGCCAUGGUCAUCAAGCAAAGAGCCCAGAGCACUUCAGACCCUCCACUCGACCCACCUCUGUAUGUUAAUGAGCCAGUAGCCGGUCCUUAUUUGCCCAUCUCUCUGCCCACGCAAGGGAUCUACACGACGAUCAUGCCUGCAGCUCCGCCUCCAGAGUACACCCCCUGAAGUUUUGGCAUGUCAGUGAGCUCUGCUCAGGGCCUGGAAACUGGGUUUUUGGGGCAGCGCAGGCUCCACGGUCCAAACCCAGCACCUGGUGCUCUCUGGCCUGCAGCCUUCCUGAAGCCUCAGAUUUCCUUUCCCUUCCAAAAACUCCAGCUCUGCGACCACGCAGAGAACAUCCCUGUCUAAUAUUCACAUUGAAUUUGUUCUUUUAUUUUUGUACCACAGAUGAAUUGACUCAUGCUUCACAGUCUGACUGCUGUACCUCCACUUGCCCCGCUGUUAAAUCUCUCCCCUUUGUUUGUUAAGAUGAGGUGUGCAGAGCAACUGUAGUGUCAGUUAAAUACAGUACAAUGCAUAAUUCUAUCCCAUUGAUAUGCAAAUAAAUCUUAAACUUGGAUGUAAGCCAUAGACACCUGAGGAGAACAAAAUUAGAUCAUCCUCAUGAAAAUGCAGUGCAUCAAAAAUACCCUCCUUACCUCCACCUCAGCCGUUUUCAACAGCAGGUUAAUUCAUUUAUACUGGUAAUUAUUAAUAUUUACAAGAAAACCACCAUUUGCAUUGGAAUAAUCCUGUGUUCAGCAGAUGCGGUGAUUAUACGGCUCACCUUGAGAUGGUUUUGUUUCAAUGUCCACGCUAGCCUCGCUUCGGCGGGGGUCAGGGGGCUCGGCACUUUUCAGGGCGCGUCGUAUUAGGCAGGGGCGAGCCAGGCUCCAACACUGAUGGAAUUUCAGAUGGAAGUUUUAAAAGGAUGCGGACACCGGAGACACAACCGUUCCCUCAGAACUGGCCGUUCAAGGAAAAGCACAGGCAUCCUUCGCUCCGCCACUAGACGCUUUGACGUGCCCGUGCGAUAUUUUUUUAAAAAGGCGUUGAAAAGCCGUUGCUCGGUGGCCGAAUUUGCGUAUUGAUAGAUGUAUGAUUUAAAUGAUCUUGUGGUAAAUUGAUUUGUUGCCUUGUGCCAUGUGUACAAACUGGACGUAAUAACCGGGGAACGGAAGGCUUAUUCCCCAUCUGCAUAUUCCUGCUGAUUAUUGCUCCCACAUUCUGUUGCUCAGUCACAGUUUGAUUCGAUGCACAAUUGCUUUCUCUAGCAAUACUUUUUCAUCAGGGCAAUGGAAAAGAAUCUCAAAGCUCAAAGGCAAUAGAGGGGAUGGGAUGCAAAUAACUGUUACACAACACCUCAGUGAGCACUACUGUGUCCCAGACUGCUCUGCUUCAUGCUCUCCCCUGUACUCGGAUUUCAGUCAUUCAUGUACAGUUAUGAAUUAUGCCCACUUGCUCACUACUGAUCUGGGACCAGUAUAGAGAAAUGAAACUAUGUGGAACGUUGUUCAGUGAAGGAUGUAAUGUAGUUUUAUGUAAUGUAAUGGUCAUAUUUUUCUGUAUAAUUUGAAAAAUGGAUUUAAAAAAGGAAUAGGGUCAGUGAUGUUGUUAAUGAAAAUUGUUUUUUUUUUUUUUGUGGAACCUCUUUAUUGGGCAAAAUUGGACACUUUCCCAGUCUCCUGUGAAAAAAGAAAAAUCAACAUGCAGAUGUUUGGUCAUAAAAGAGUUUUUAUUGACAUCAAAUGUCACUCACACAACACAAAGUUGUUUCCUCAGGUCUCCCAGCGCCGUGUGUGGACACUUGAAAUGCGAACCUCCUGUGUAGUGCACAAUAUACCGGGAAACAAACAGCACAUUAACGUUGCGUGGCAGCAGCAAAAUAAUGUGUCUCAAGAGACCAGUCCGCAGGGUCCCUCAGUGUAUUCUUCUCUCAGUGCACUGGCCUGCCUAGUGGCCUUUGGCACUCAUUAUAUGGGCCAUUGAUACAGUCAAUUGGUCCAUUCCUGUAAUCCAGGGUCUUGCCCUCCGACAGAUCAGAACACCUGAAGCCUGUCGAGCAAGACAUCUUUGUGAAUGGAUGAGAGUGCGCGCUUUGCUUGGCUCCCCAUUGCAAUUAAAGCAAGACUACUGUGGACCUGCAUAAUGCAACCUCUCAGACUCUCACCCGACUUUAUUUCACAUUCAAACAAACAAUUUGUAUCAGAUUAAAAACAAAGGAAGCAUGUACCCAUUCAACAAUGCGUAUUUCCAUUUAGAUUAUUAUCGGUUAGAGCAUGAGCCCCUCGUGAAAAAUGGCGAUGUGGUCUGUGGUAGGGUCAAGUUCUGCAGAAAAAAUAAGCUUGUUCCAUGUUAUAAAAACAAUGUAUUAGCUGACAGCUCAGUCCGGACACAAUUGCUGUUCUACUCCAGACUGCUGCAUGCUUUGGACAUGGUAUAGUUCUCUUUCUUGCUCUUUUCGCUGAUAUUUAAAAUUUGUGGUUUCAAAUAUUAACGUAGGCAGUUAAGGGUGUUUGAACACACAGACGUUCAAUAUAAACACGUUUUGCUGA